GCUUCGCGUUUAUCCAACUCCUCCGACAGCGACUGGGGAAGAGCUUUGACCAGGCCAGGAGAAAAUAUGGAGGAUUUCUCGUGAAGUGACAGGAUUUCACACGCGGGACACUUUUCCUGCCACCCGUGUCCUGUGGACACUUGGACACUCCUUAAUUUCUGUGCGCUGGAUGUGGACCGAGUUGAGCCGGAAUCCCAGCAGACAGUCCCUGGUGGUUUGCCUCAGAGUAUAGGAAAUGGCAACCGCUCUCAGUGGCCGAAACCCUGGCGGACGUGGACCAAACCGAAGCAAGGGCAGGAUUUUAGGCAUCAUCGAUGCCAUCCAGGAUGCAGUGGGGCCACCGAAGCAAGCGGCUGCUGACCGGCGGACUGUGGAGAAAACCUGGAAACUCAUGGAUAAAGUUGUCCGCCUCUGCCAAAAUCCCAGGCUCCAGCUGAAAAACAGUCCACCAUACAUCCUGGAUAUCUUACCUGAUGCCUACCAGCACCUGCGGCUUAUACUGGGCAAAUAUGAGGAGAACCAGAGACUCACACAGCUCAGUGAGAAUGAGUACUUUAAAAUCUACAUCGAUAGCCUUAUGAAGAAGUCCAAACGGGCCAUUCGGCUCUUCAAGGAGGGAAAGGAGAGGAUGUAUGAGGAACAGUCACAGGACAGGAGGAACCUGACGAAGCUGUCGCUGAUCUUCAGCCACAUGCUGGCUGAAAUCAAAGCCAUCUUCCCCGGAGGACAGUUCCAGGGGGACAAUUUCAGGAUCACCAAAGCUGAUGCCGCUGACUUCUGGAGGAAAUUCUUUGGAGAAAAGACGAUAGUGCCAUGGAAAGUUUUCCGACAGUGCCUUCACGAAGUGCAUCCCAUCAGCUCGGGCCUGGAGGCCAUGGCCCUCAAAUCCACCAUCGACCUCACCUGCAAUGACUACAUUUCUGUGUUUGAGUUCGACAUUUUCACACGCCUCUUCCAGCCAUGGGGAUCAAUUCUGAGGAACUGGAAUUUCCUUGCAGUGACACACCCUGGCUACAUGGCCUUCCUUACCUAUGACGAAGUCAAGGCCCGACUGCACAAGUACAUCAAUAAGCCUGGCAGUUACAUCUUCAGACUGAGCUGUACGCGACUGGGCCAGUGGGCCAUCGGCUAUGUGACCAACGAUGGCAACAUACUGCAGACCAUCCCCCACAACAAGCCGCUGUUCCAGGCCCUCAUCGAUGGCUACAGGGAGGGCUUCUAUUUGUUCCCUGAUGGUCGCAGUUACAAUCCGGACCUCACUGGUUUGUGUGAGCCGACGCCUCAUGAUCACAUCAAAGUGACACAAGAGCAGUAUGAGCUGUACUGUGAAAUGGGCUCCACCUUCCAGCUUUGUAAGAUCUGCGCCGAGAACGACAAAGACGUCAAGAUCGAACCCUGCGGUCACCUCAUGUGCACUUCCUGUCUUACGGCCUGGCAGGAAUCAGAUGGUCAGGGCUGUCCGUUCUGUCGUUGUGAGAUCAAAGGCACAGAGCCCAUAAUCGUAGAUCCCUUUGACCCUCGGAACGAAGGCAACAAGUGCUUCUUCCUGGACCAGCACAGCUGCCCAAUGCUGGAGCUGGAUGAUGAGGAAGACCGAGAAGACUGCCUGGUCAUGAAUGGACUAGCAAACAUCAGGAAGCACUGUGCUGACCGGCAGAACUCGCCCAUGGUGUCUCCCAGCUCUUCACCUGUUAGCCAACACAGAAAAGCCCACGGAGACCCCAGCCACAGCUUCCAGCACCUCGGCCUUCCCCCUGUCCCGCCACGACUCGACCUCAUCCACAAGGGCGCCAUCCGUUCCCCAUCCGCCAGUCCCACCAGCUCCCCAAAGUCCUCACCAGGCAUGUCCAGGAAGCAGGACAAGCCUCUCCCAGCCCCACCCCCUCCCCAGAGGGACCCACCUCCACCGCCUCCCCCUGAGCGUCCUCCUCCCAUCCCCCCAGAGUCACGCCACUCUUGGCUCCCAAUUUCCUCGUCCCUGUCCUCCUCCAUCUCAGCUUCCACUGGCAUGCUGUCAGACUCCCAGAUGACCCCUGAGACACGGUGUCCCAAAGACAGCCCCUUUGCAGAUGGCCAUAGGACUGGAUCCGAACACCCGCUGCAGCUGGGACCCGCCGGCCCCUCCCACCUGAAUGGAAGACCACUCAGCUGUCCAUCGGCGGGAUUUGUGAGGUUACAUCACAGAAUUGAGGGGGCAGGAAGCUCAGAGAUCUCCAAGCCCUUCUCUAAUGGUGUGCAAAUCAGCGAUGAGUAUGACAUCCUUCCCUCACAGCACUCACCAACGCAGUCCACACUUGCCAGUAGCCACAAACCCUCCAACCCUUUCAGUAGUCCUGCGGUAGAACGACAGCGGGGAGUGACGGAGAGGGUGGAGGACGACUAUCAGAUCCCUUCAUCCAACCUCUGCCUGAGUCAGGCUCCCAUCAGCAUCUCUGUACCCAGCAGACACUUAGAGAACGGCUCUCCAGAGCCCUACAUCGAGGAGAAGAAGCCCCGGCCCCCCGGCCCUGGUGGGCCCUCAGACUCGGUCAGAGGGUUGGUCUCAGGGGCGGCACACACUGCCGUCUGCCCCUUAAGCACCAAGAAGACACCCUCCGACUAUGACAUUCUGCUGCCCCCCCAAGCAUUAGAGGACCCCUUCAACAGCCGCCCUCCAUCCCAGCCUCCUCCUCCGCCGGCGCGACACAGCUUCACCGACCUCUCCUCCUCUUCACCGUCCCCAUCCUGCAACUCCUCCAUGUCCUCCUCCUCUGUCAUCGCUCGACCACACAGGCCCUCCUCUGGACUGGACCACUUGCUGUUAACCCCUGACACAGUGUUUGACAUGCUGAGCAGUGCUGCUCCACUGCCUCCAGCCAGACGACACACAGAAAAUGUAAAAGGCUCCAGAGGCUGCCUGGAGUACGACCAUUUACCAGCCAGUCAAGUAUCGGUGGACUGCUUGCAGGCCCCUGCUAGGCCACCCAAGCCACUGCCCAGGAAGAUCCCUCCAGACGGUCAGCCGGGCAAACCCCACAGCCUGGAGGCAGAGAACGUGGACGGCAAGAUAGCCAAGCUGAUGGGGGAGGGCUACUCUUUCGAGGACGUGAAGCGGGCGCUCAUGAUCGCCCAGUACAAAGUAGACGUGGCCCGAAACAUUCUGCAAGAGUUUUUGCUAGUGGCCCCGAGGCUGAACCUCUAGUGCUAGAGACAGUGAAAGGGGAGCACACAGCCGUGGGGAGCCGUGCCUCUGAAUGGACUGACUAAAAAAGGGCUUCUUCAGUCUGCUUGGCCUCAGACCGUUGGACACAACAAUGACGAACAGAAACCAGAAAUAUUUAAAGGGAGACUUGCCUUUUGUUGCAGAACUGAGAUGACAACGCACAAAGUGGCUGAAACCAAACAAUGACAGAACACAGAGAAUCAAAAAAGGGAGGGAAGACUGUCUGUGAAUGAUUUUAACCUGUGAAAAAAAAAAAAUAGCCAGGCUUGUUGUUGUUUACAGUGAGCUUUGCCGGUGCUGGCCUCUGGUUUUCAAAUGCUCCUGUUUGUCUCUGGGCUUGGACUGUAUGCCUGUUUUAAAGCCCUGAUCCUGCUACUGCUGCUACUGUUCCUUUGAAAUCAUGCCACCCUCCAGACUUCAGCUUGAAGGGCCUUUCAGAAGACAUUUCCAGCUCCGUUCAGCUUGUGUGCUCAGCCAGCUGUUGGGAUAAUUCCUUUUUACAGCCAGUGGAGGGAGCCAGACUCCACCGUUCCUCUUCUCAAACCCCUUCUCUCACUCUCUCUCUCUUCUCGUCUCCUGUUUCACCCACUUCCUCCCCUUUCUUCCUCUGUGUGUUGCCCAUUAGAGAAUAUUCCACUGUUUGCCCAGAGUCUGGCUGACUUGCAGGUCUUAACAAGGUCUGGUGAGUUGGGAGCGGUUAGAUGGAGCCAGAGGAUGCCUUAUUGAUUCAUUUGUUUCCCCCAGACCUGGAGAAAACUGUACGACAGCUCCAGAGGAGCACUCUUGUUAGACUUGGUAUCUUAUUUGGACAAGAUGAGCGAAACAGGAAGAGAGUAGGAAGGUUAGUUUUACUCUUUGUUUCUGUUCCUAGACCAGAGGAUUAAUCAGCCGGGCCUUUUUUAAUUACUGUCUUCAUCUGUGGACAGCGAGCCUAUGAAUGUAUUUGUUCUGCAUCAGUGAGCUAUACCUUUGUACACUUUGAGCUCCUCUCAGGCCCUGUUUGUCCCUUCAGUGAUAAAGCAGUGGAAAAUGUUUGUUCGUGGAAAUGUUUUAUUUUUUCACAUCAAAAGCCAGAGACGAUCGUGCCUGUAUCUCAGCUCAAGCAUUUACACGACGGGAGCGAGCCUUUUAUGUAGAUCAGCGAGCCAGACGUGCUCAGAGACAACGCGCCCUGCAGCCAUCGCCCUGCAGCUGCCGUCUCCACAUCAUACGGUGGACGUCCACAUUCCCCACAUGUUUAAGGAAUCUCUUUCAAUCUGAUUUGGAGUGAGGGUCACUUGAUAGCUCUGCAGCGAUCAUGCAUUUCACUGUUGUUGAGUAUGUGAACACAGUAGGGAUGAACAGAAUACUGCACAGCAUUCUAACUAUAAGAUGAGUCAUAUGCACCUUCACUGUGCAGCACAGGUGAAGUCAAACCUCCCUUACCUCACAAUCUAGAAUCAGCUGUAUUUCUCCCUAAUGACUGCAACAUGUCUCACCUAUGCAUACAUUGAUUUUUUUUCAAAUGUAACACAGUCUAGUGUUUAUUGACCUGUUUUACUUUUUACAAUAGUUUGCAAGAUGUUGGCAGAUUUGCACCAGACUUGUAGGGGUGUGGUUUGCCGUGAGACAGGGGUUAUGUUUACAUGGGUGGUAAAUUCAGGCUAUUACUCUCAUACGGAUUAAAGGAUAAUUCCAGUAACUUUAUUGCUUUGGCCAUCAUUACCAUUGCUUAUUGUACUCAUCAAAGUAAUUGUUGAGAUCUGGAAGAGGGAUUGAGGUGACCUCUGACAGGAUGAGGAACACGAGCAAUCAGAUGAUCAGACAGGGUGUCAGCAAACCCACAGAAUAUCCAGAUUAACUAAAACACUUUAUUAGGAGGAUGAUUUUUUUUGUUUUCUCUUACACAUCAGUUUGUCUUACCUGGGGGUUUGCUUAGAACGCCCAUAUUUUUUGUCCCAUCUGACUUUUUUUUUUGUGACAAUUUGGAGCAAAAGAUUAUUCUUACUGACAGAAAUGAGGGCCAAACCUACGGAAAUAAUAAUCCAUCCAUCCAUUAUCUAUACACCGCUGAAUCCUUUGCAGGGUCACGGGGGGGCUGGAGCCUAUCCCAGCCGUCUCUCAGGCGAAGGCAGGGGACACCCUGGGCAGGUCGCCAGCCUACCACAGGGCUACACAUAUAGACAUACAGACAAACAGUCACGCACACCGCUCAUUCACACCUACGGACAAUUUAGAGUUGGAAAUAAUAAUAAUAAUUAAAAAAAUUUAAUUAUCCUUUAAAGUCUGGCAUCAAAUUGAAACCUGUAGAAUUUGGAAUUUGAUUACUUUAAUGAACUCAUGAGUCCCUUAGUAGUAUUUGUCACUAAAACUAGCUCCUCCAUAACCAGGUACAGCUAGAGUAUAUAAACAAAGUCGUGUUUGUGCAUCAGAAUUUCUUUUCUGGGAAACACUGGGCUAACAGAGACAGACAGCGUGCUUGCUGGAGUAUAGAUAGAUCAGUAGAGUGGAUCUUUUAUUCCUGACACUACAUUGUGAUGUGUCAAUAUAAUGUGGUUCUAACUAUGUCAUCCUGUAUCAUCUCUUUAGACCGAGGUUCCUCCUUUGUGCUGUGAGUUAGCUCAACAUGCAGCAGGGGACAGGCUGAAUAGACACACAGAGAGAAACGCAUAGCAUUGACCCAUUUUCACCUCCGCAUACUCAUUUUCCCUGCAGCCACCAUUAGGCUAUCAAAAUUAAUUUCAGGUAAUGUAUUGUAGUCUCCUCUGUGAUUAAGGGUUCCUUGCAGAGCAGAUAAGUCAGGGUUUGGGGUUGAACAGUCUGGUGACAGAAAUGCAAAUGAAAAGGUUCAGUUGGAACAUCUUGAUAAUACAGCAGGAGGAUAUGAUAAUCCCAGUCCUAAUAAAACAGCUCACUGACUUGCUUGUUGUUGCUGUUGUUGUAUUCAUAAUGUGAGAAGGUGAAACCAAACGUGAAAGAGAGUACCUUCUUUCCUUGAGGGGUGUUUUUGUGCAUUGGAAUAAGAAGGAAUAACGGGUAUAAGAAUAACAGGUCUCAUGAUUGAUCAACAUCUCAUGAUUUAGAUCUUAUGAGGUUAUCUUAACCCUGAUUUGACAUUUAUAUACCUCUAGGCAAAACCAGGUUACCAUAGCGACCUGGUUAACAAACAGUCGCUGUGUGCAUGUAAACAUAAUGAAUGGGCUCCUCCGUGUUGCAUGGUCAACCACAGGAAUGAAAUGAUGCUGUGUGAUGAAGACAAAGCACCCAUCAGUGAAUGUGCUCUUAAAGUCUACAAUCUGGGAGCACAAAACAUGUUUUGUUUUGUUUUAUUUCUAAUUUUAGUCACCUGGUCAGUGUAACAGAUAACAGAUAUGGAAUGAACCAUUUCACAGAGCAGAUGCAUCCACCCCACCGUCAUCCCUUUCUUCUUUGAGCAGCACUUUAAAGGGCAACACCACUGUGGUUUACAGUGUACAUAUGUUAAUACAGGGGCCUGAAACAGCCCAUAGAGAUAGUGAUAAUGAACGAUACUGUGUGCAAGGAGAAGUCUGAGAACCAAUUUUCUAAUCUGCGUUAUCAUCCACAGCGCAGCACACCCGUAAAAGUAUGUCAGUUAAAACAUAUAACCAUUCCCCUGACAGCGGGAGAGUCUGCACUCGCCAAGUUCAUUUACAUUUCAACAUUCAAAUGAUGUUUAAAUUGUGACAGUGCUGUUGAUAUUGAACAAGGAAAUGUUGUCUGGUCCUCAGAGGGAAAUGUGCAGGACCGCUCUCCUUUUCCCACUCACAGAUUAGAGCAUAGUUAAUGUUGCAUAUUAGACAAUGAGCUAACACUCAUCUGGUUUAUUUCCAGUCCACAGAGCCGCCACACAUCAAAGAAGAAGGAAAUUCAGAUGUGAAAUUCGGUGGGAUUCACCUUCAACUUGAGGCUUAAUUUUUUGCACUGUUCUGAUUUCACUCUUAUUUGCUCAAACUUGAAAGACUCUGAGCAAGAAUUGUCCUUUCCAUUGGACUCCCUCCUGAGGGGGGUAAGUGGCCUUAGGUUGCAAAGGGCAGUUUUUACUUCCUAAUUCCAUUUUCGUAUUAAUGUGCUCUGGUGGCAAAAUAAGUGUUGAUAGUAUGUAAAGCAUAGAGUAAUGUGCUAUUAAUUUAUACAUUAUUAAUGCUUUUUUCUUGAUAUGUUAUUUUCAUUGAUAAGUAAAUAAAAAGUCACGCUUC